GGUCGGCGCCCCGGGCGAUGGGUGCGGGCGCCCCGGGGCCGGCCUGCGGCUAGCGCGGCGCCACCAUGAGUUUGCGGCGCGAGGACGGCGUGAGCAGCCUGUGCCAGAAGGCGCUGCACAUCGUCACCGAGCUCUGCUUCGCCGGCCAGGUGGAGUGGGAGCGCUGCGCCGGCAUCUUCCCGCCCGAGCGCGCCGGGCCCGGCGGCACAGACAUCUCCGUCAGCCUGCUGGCCGUGGUGGUCAGCUUCUGCGGGCUGUCCCUGCUGCUGGUCUCCCUGUUCGUCUUCUGGAAGCUGUGCUGGCCCUGCUGGAGGAGCAAGCCCCUGGCGGCCCCCGCGGGGCCCGUGCCCCCGAGCACACCCACCGAGGCGCCGGACCCGGAGGAGGAGAAGAAGGAGGCCCCCGAGGAGGCGGGGGCGGUGGAGCCGAGGGCGCCCGAGCCGGCCAUCAAGAUCAGCCACACGUCCCCCGACAUCCCGGCCGAGGUGCAGACGGCGCUCAAGGAGCACCUGAUCCGGCAUGCGCGCGUGCAGCGGCAGACCACGGAGCCCACGUCCUCGUCCCGCCACAACUCUUUCAGGCGGCACCUGCCCCGGCAGAUGCAGGUGUGCAGCGUGGACCUCAGCUCGGGCACAGAGCCGGCGCCGCUGCAGCGCGGGGAGACCACCACGAGCAUCGGCAGGAUCAAGCCCGAGCUGUACAAGCAGAAGUCGGUGGACUCGGAGGGCCCGGGGCUGGGCGCGGCCGAGACGUGCGGGAAGCUCCACUUCGCGCUGCGGUACGACUACGAGGGCCAGCUGCUGCUCGUGCGCGUGAUCCAGGCGCUGGACCUGCCGGCCAAGGACCUCGCGGGCACGUCCGACCCCUACGUGAAGAUGUACCUGCUGCCCGACAGGAAGAGGAAGUUCCAGACGCGCGUGCACAGGAAGACCCUGAACCCGCAGUUCGACGAGACCUUCCGGUUCCCCGUGGCCUACGGGCAGCUGAGCCAGCGGAAGCUGCACUUCAGCGUCUACGACUUCGACCGCUUCUCCCGGCACGACAUGAUCGGGGAGGUGGUGCUCGAGAACCUGUUCGAGGCCUCGGACCUGUCCCGGGAGGCCUCGGUGUGGAAGGACAUCCACGGGGCGACCACGGAGAGCGUGGACCUGGGGGAGAUCAUGUUCUCCCUGUGCUACCUGCCCACGGCGGGCCGCAUGACACUGACCGUCAUCAAGUGCCGGAACCUGAAGGCCAUGGACAUCACGGGCGCCUCAGACCCCUACGUGAAGGUGUCGCUGAUGUGUGAGGGCCGGCGGCUGAAGAAGAGGAAGACCACGACCAAGCGCAACACGCUGAACCCCGUGUACAACGAGGCCAUCGUCUUCGACAUCCCCCCGGAGAGCGUGGACCAGGUCAGCCUCGCCAUCGCCGUGAUGGACUACGACAGGGUUGGCCACAACGAGGUCAUCGGCGUGUGCAGGACAGGGCUGGAUGCCGAGGGCCUCGGGCGCGACCACUGGAACGAGAUGCUGGCAUACCACCGCAAGCCCAUCACGCACUGGCACCACCUGCAGGAGCUCCCAGGACGUGCCUCCAGCUUCGACAGCCAAGGCUCCUGCCCUUCGCCCAGGCCCCUGUCCACGCCCUGACGCCCGCCUCCAGCUAGGAACGCGAGGGUCCAUCUGGUCGUGGAAACGCCCCAGACUGAAGCCCCCGCCCUCGUCCACCGCCUGCUUCCGCCGCUCCCCAUGCUGUAC